AAAACAGGCUAAAGUUAAAAAAAAAAAAAAAAAAGAGUCGACAUCUCGUAAGGCAGUGCAGCCGAGCUCUGCUCUCCCGCCCUCUCUCGCCCUCUCCAAGAACCGGGGACUGGGGGAGAUCCGGAUAAAAGAAAACAACAAGAAAAUAGAAAUCAUGUGUGCGAUUUCAUGCGCUCAGCCUUUCCACUUCUCAGAUUCUCCUCCCUGUAUAAAAAAUUCCAUCUCUGCUUCAAAAUUCAACUCCGUCUUUCUAAGUGUUUCGAUGCAUAUGAGUCGUCCACAACACACAAGCAGCGUUAUUUUGAAAUCAACAAGAAAAGAGUCAGUCACCACCGAAAGUCCCCAAAUUUCAGACAGUAAGUCCGCCGGCUCUGAAAAUACAAGCAGCACUUCAAGUAGUUUCUUAUCAGUUCUCUGCCCCCUUCUCAAGUUCUUUGGGGGUGGGGAUCCUUCAAGAGAACGAAAUGAAACCAUAGAGGUGGCAACAUCUUCAUUGUCUAGCGUGGCAAGACUUCCAUGGGGUUCAAGAUCAUUAAUUGGCACUGCACACAGCCCUGAAUCCAUAGGAAAAUCACCAAAGUUGCAACUUUACGAAUUCGAGGCUUGCCCAUUUUGUAGGAGAGUGCGAGAAGCCAUGACUGAACUGGAUCUUUCUUCUGAGGUUUAUCCUUGCCCAAAAGGAUCAAAAAGGCACAGAGAAGUAGUUCGAAAAACUGGUGGGAAGGAGCAGUUUCCGUUUCUUAUUGACUUAAAUAAUGGCGUUUCAAUGUAUGAAAGUGGUGACAUUGUAAGGUACUUAUUCAAACAGUAUGGACUAGGAAGAUCUCCAUCUUUUGGUCUUUUGGAGAGCACACCAUUUACAGGGUGGGUGCCUACACUCCUUCGAGCUGGAAGAGGCAUGACAUUGUGGGACAGGGCUGUAAUAGAGCCACCUUUAAAGAUGUUGGAGCUUUUCUCUUAUGAAAACAAUCCGUAUGCAAGAAUUGUUCGUGAAGCACUAUGUGAAUUAGAACUCUCAUAUGUCCUCCACAAUGUGGGAGAAGGGUCAUCGAACAUUGAGUUGCUCCUGACAGCGUCUGGUUCUAAAGAGGUACCAUAUCUUGUAGAUCCCAACACUGGAACUCAAAUGGGUGAUUACAAGAAGAUACUAUCUUAUUUGUUUAAGACAUACUCUAGUGCUUGUUAAACUCUAGUCAUAUCCUUAGGAUAAUUAAAUCAUAGUGGAGAUAUAAAUUCCUCAAGAAAUUAGCCUUCUUUUUUAUGGAUGUGCGGAACCUCUCUCUUGUUGUAGUCAUACUAACUUUCAAUGUUUCUAAUGCUGUAUUUGAGCAUGUUUCAUCAAGUAUUUUAGCUAAA